CACACUUGAAAACACCUCAGAAUGCGAUUGACUUCGAAAGCGAACGUGAGGAUGAGUUUCACAGUCAGUUCCGAACGUCUCUUGGCUAUAGUUUGUGCCGCGCUAAAAUGCUAAACUAUCUGAGUGUGUGAGAAGUUAAAACCCAGUGACUUUUCUAAUUACAUUGGCUUAGUCUUGUACCUUCGCCAUGGCGCCAAAUGUGAUUGAUCCUCCGAAAAAUGUGGAGGACUCGGAUUCUAUCCGCAACUUCGCUAGUCAGACGUCAGUGGAUGAGAACAAUCUGGACAAAGUGGAAUGUGGCAGUGAAGAGAAGUUGAUCCCGGUGGAGGAGAAGUGGUGGGAAACUACUCUCCAAGUGCUGGUGCCCUUCCUCAUCGCAGGUGCAGGAACGAUCGGUGCCGGAGUUGUGUUCGGCAUAGUUGCACACUGGGAUGUCUUCGUCAACGUCUCGGAGCUGAUCAUCAUGGUGCCAUCGCUGAUCGGCCUCAAGGGCAACCUGGACAUGUGCUUGGCCUCUCGGCUCUCCACGCAAGCGAAUCUCGGCAACAUGCGUAACGUCAAGGACAUGAUGUCCAUGAUCGUGGGCAACAUCAGUCUGGUGCAGAUCCAGGCCACUGUUGCGUCAGUCAUCGUGGCGUUCUUCGCCAUCGCCGUGAACGCGGCCAUCAACCAGAACUUCGCCAUCAACACGUCAAUUAUGGUCAUCGCCGCGGCGAUGUUCACUGCGACGACCACGUGCUUCUUCCUAGACAUCGUACUCACAACAGUCAUCCUCGUCGCCAAGCGUUUCCACAUGAAUCCCGACAACGUGGCCACUCCUCUGGCCGCGUCCAUCGGCGAUCUCACGUCCCUGUCGCUCCUCUCUGUCAUCGCGAGAGUUCUGUAUCAGAACUUGGAGGCGAGGCUGUGGAUCAACUACAUCAUCAUCGGCGUGUACCUGUGCGCGUUGCCGAUCUGGAUCGCCAUCGUGCUCCGCAACAGAUUCACGCGGCCCGUGCUGAAGAACGGCUGGGUGCCCGUCAUUUCAGCUCUCUUCAUCAGCGGAAUGGGCGGAUUAGUCCUGGACGCCGCAGUUGGGAAAUAUGAAGGCUUCGAGGUGUUCCAGCCCAUUAUUAAUGGCAUCGGUGGGAACCUGGUGUCCGUCCAGGCGAGCAGAAUAGCGACAAAAUUGCAUCAAACGACCGAAUUGGGCAUCAUGCCAGCUUUCGCCAAGAUCUUCGAGUGGCCCCAUCGAGCGCUCUUCAAGGGCGUUCCUUAUGCGAAAACAGCCCGGAUUUUGAUUGCCAUGUCAAUUCCGGGACAAGUUGUCUUUAUAUUCGUGGCUGAUGCCAUCCACAUGUCACGCUCGACACUGGAUGCGGCCUUUGUCUUCACAUACCUGACAGCCAACAUCAUUCAGAUCACGAUGCUCCUCUUCGUCGCCCACAUCAUUAUUCACGCCAUGUGGAGGUGGAAGAUCGAUCCAGACAACUCCUCGAUUCCCUACCUCACAGCCCUGGGCGACCUGAGCGGCUCCAGUCUCCUGCUCGUCGCCUUCAUCUUCCUCACCGCCAUCGGUAGGCCGUACGAGGAAUCCGCCGAGGCAGCAUAAUAGAUUGUCUACUCUGUAAACUUUGCGAGAAUACCAAAGAAAGUGCACCCAAAACA